AUGAAGGUUCAGCUGCAGCAGCGAAACUACUCGGACCGCAGUCGUGUAUCAACGAUAGGAUCGGGUGGUUAUGUGGUGUCCAAGCAGCACGAGCGCGGGUCCUGUACAGACAUGCUGCAUCAAAAUUGCUGGGCGAUAGCAAAUACUGGCAGCGAGUUCGCAGCCAGUGGCGAGCUUGCGAUUCUCCAUCACACAGCCAACUCCUGCGCCGCAUAG